AUGGGUUUCUUCGACAAGCUUCAAGCGAGACUUGAGCUCUACCGCCUCGAGCAGCGCUACACCCGCCGCGAGAAGCGUACCACUUUUAUCAGCGAUGCCCAGUACGUCGAUGGCGAGUACAUCAGCGCCUCGUCGCCUACUUCCUCCACAAGCUCGACGGCUACCGCCAACCGACGCCUAUCCAAGAUCCCCUCUGUCCGCAUGAAGGAGUUCGGUCGCUCUGCCACUGGCCGUGCAUAG